AUGGGUGUCCAGCAACCUUUUCUCUACGAAGCCAUGGGGAGUCGCGGGAGUGGCCUGCCUGAGAAGUCCUUCGAUCCCAAGGCUGUCACCCGCGCCAGCUACACUCCCAAAGCACCGAAGCCGAAGAAGCACGAUGGGCCUCUCAUAUCUUUUAAUCGACAUCCCGACGCCCAUAUGGUGUUGUCUCAUCGGUCCACCACCUACCUCGCGUUGAGCCCGAGAAUGAAAGGCUGGAUCAAAGGUCUCCGUGUAUUCCAGUUGAUCUUGAGAGUUUUUCAGUUCAUUGGCGCCGCUGGGCUGUUGACCCUGCUUAUUUUGCUCACCGGCAUCCCUGUCGUGGUAGGCUGGGUAUUGCGGAUUGCUCCCGGCGUUGUUUCGCUGCAUUGCGCCUACGCUAUUUACCACCUGUCACGCCCUGCAAGCAGUCGCACUCCAGCCUCCUCGGCCGCUUACCAGAUCUUCGCUGCAGUGUCGGACAUCUGUAUUGUCCCUGGUUAUGUGUUCGGCGCUCUUAGCGUCCGGAACCAUGGAUCGUCAUGGACGACACGCCUGUCUGAUGCUAGCCUUGUUGACUACUUUGUCCCGGCUGUAGGGUAUACGUUCCUCGGUGCCGGUGCCCUUCAUCUGGUGUCUCUGAGCAUCUCCGUCUGGCUGGGCCUUGUCUUUCGCCGAAUCGCAAGCAUGCCCCCUGACCUCAACCCGCUCGAAGACCGGUUUACCUCGCGGGCAAAGCACACCCGGAACAAGUCAAGCAUUGCCACCACCAGCACCACGGAAAGCGAGAGGCGACUCUCAACGCCACUAGAGGACCGUCGCCGUUCAGGUCUUCCCUAUGAGGACAUUUCACGACCCCCAACAAUCCCCUUCCUCCGAACCAGGGCCGAUUCUGGAAGCUCCUUAAGUAAUAGGAACUCGAUCGCCGAUUUUCCCUCGAGGCAGUAUCAGAUCGUUCCUGGCAACUCGUCACCACGCAACUCAUUCAUCUCUACAGACACACGAAGGUUGUCAAAGCCGCCGUCGAUGCAUCAGGGCUACUAUUCCCAGGUUCCGCUUGAAGAAAGCGAGACAGCUCGUUCUCUUACCAAUGUUGAUCUCAACGCUCCCGCUAGUCCCCACGCAGGGCAACAGCGAGUGGCAAAAUUUACCGAGACGUGGAGUGCGAGUGACUCUCUGAUCUCCCGUACACAGCACCGGAAUCAGCUGAUGAAUGCCGCUGCGCGAAACCGCGAGAGCUACCAGAAGACGUACGACGCACUUGACAAGCGGUAUGACGUUCCCGACGGAGACGACUCGGACUCUGAGCAUGGCGACAAUUAUCGCGUUGGCCACCAAAGUGGUGACGGCGAUGUCGGAAGCCUUCAUCCCCAACCGCUUCGCUCUAACCCCCCUGCACCAUGGAACAGACUAGUGGCACCAUACAACUCAAUGCAUGGCUCUGCGUCGCCCGAGAGAAAGUCAUAUCCGCGGUCAUUCAGUGGCAGUCACGAUAUUGCUGAUGAAAAGCAUGCUCUGAACACUGCGCCUGCGCCACCACCCCACAGAACAGGCUCGAUUCAACGAGAGUCCGACUUUUUCGCCAAACCAUAUGGCCAGCUCAAACCGGCGACACCCCCAAUCAUGAUUGGAAGCAAUCGCCAGGUGUCAUCAGGGAAUGACUAUGACGGCCAACCCGUGGGAGCGUUCAGUCGACGUAAUGUUAGCGGCAAAAUAGCAGAAGAAGGCCGCGCAACACUUCCUCCCUCCCAUUCACGCUUCAGCAUUUUGAACAAAUAG